CGGCGCGCUAAGUGCUGCAACAUGGAGAGCGCCCCCGGAUACACACGAACCCACACCUUCAGAUACUACAGCCUCGAUCUGUCGUCUUGACUGUCUCCUCUGCUAUUUAUUAUCGUACAACAUGCAGAGCGAUUGGGGUCCGUCGAAUGACUUUGGUACCCAAGUUCGGUCUCGACUAGUACUCUCGUCAUUGGCUGUAGAUGGCUAUGAGGUCGUCGGGGACCAAGCUGCAGACGAGAAGGAGGUUACUAUCGCCGUUAUGGGUGCCACCGGCUCCGGGAAGUCUACGUUCAUCAACCUUGCCAGCUGCUCGGACCUAUCUAUUAACGAUGGUCUCAAGUCGUGCACCAGUGAGGUCGAAUUCUCAAGGGCGUUCGGGCUGGCUGGCAAGACUGUCAGGCUGAUCGACACGCCGGGCUUCGACGACACUACGCGGUCCGAUACAGAGGUGCUCAAGAUGAUCGCUGUGGCGUUAUCUCAGAUGUAUAAGGACGGCCACAAGCUGACCGGUAUCAUCUACAUGCAGCGCAUCUCCGACUUCCGUAUGACCGGGAUCUCCAGGCGGAACUUCCACCUCUUCCGGAAGAUAUGUGGCGAGGACACGCUCAAGAACGUCGUCAUUGUGACCAACAUGUGGAGCGAGGUCAACGCAGAGCGCGGGCUUGCGCGCGAGGACGAGCUCGCGUCCGACUCCAUGUUCUUCAAGCCCGCACUCGACAAGGGCGCGAAGAUGAUGCGUCACGAUAACACGUAUCACUCCGCCGUCACCAUCAUGUUACAGCUUAUCCCGAACACCCCCACGCCUCUGCUCCUCCAAGCCGAGCUGAUCGAGCAAGAGAAGGAUAUCGCUCAGACAGCUGCCGGCACGGAACUCGCACGCGACAUCGAAGAGCAGCGGCAAAAGUACGUGGAGGAGCUCAGCGAACUACAGCAGGAGAUGCAGGAUGCGUUUCGCGAGAGGGACCACGAGACUGCUGAAGAGCUAGAGCACGCGCAAGAGGAGACCAAGGCAAAGGUGUUGACGAUUGAGCAGCAGCAGCAGGGCUUCAAGGGUACAUUCGCUUCCAUGGCUGCUGUCGCCGCUCCAUUCGUAGCUGCCGCCGCCGCUGCUGGUGUAACCAUGUUGCUGAGGCAUAACGUCCAUCAGAUGCGCUCUCAUUCUCCGCCGCCGUAGAACCCCCUAGCAUUGUGGUUGAGCAGGGCCGCUCAGGCUAGUCUUGCUCGAGCCGCCGAUUACAUUCGAUGGUGUACGAAUACAUUCGUGUAGUCUCUGAACUUGUUGUCGCAUAAACUAGAUGUACAUCCUCGUGCAUAUACUCGGGUAGUCUGUUCCGAU